CCAAUUCCUGAGGGAAGGGACAUUUGUGGCGCCCAACGUGGGGCCUGUGACACGGGGGAUCCAGUGAGGAGCUAUAACAGAGGAAAAAAGGGGUGGCCACCCGUUUCUGAAACCCUCGAUUCAGUGAUAGCCUGUCACUGCGAGAUGCAGGUCUGUGGCUCCAGAGUGCUAUCUACAGCAGCUGGGAUAUUCCAGGCUCUUGGCCCAGUGUUUUGGCAACAAUUUGAUCUGAAGAUGGCAACCAGGGUGCUUUGGGGAAGCCUAUGCCUGCUCCGAGUGCUGUGGUGUCUCCUUCCGCAGACAGGCUACGUGCAUCCCGACGAGUUCUUCCAGUCACCUGAGGUCAUGGCAGAGGACAUCCUGGGCGUGCAGGCCACACGGCCCUGGGAGUUUUACCCCAGCAGCUCCUGCCGCACGGUGGUCUUCCCUCUACUGACCUCAGGCUCUACCUUCUGGCUUCUCAGGCUCUGGGAAGAGUUGGGGCCCUGGCCUGGCCUGGUGAGUGGCUACGUGCUACUGGUGGGGCCCCGACUCCUCCUCACUGCCCUCUCCUUUGCCCUGGAUGGGGCCAUGUAUCACUUGGCCCCACUGUGGGGGGCGGAUCGUUGGAAUGCCCUGGUCCUGCUGUCUGGUUCCUACGUCACCCUGGUCUUCUACACAAGGACCUUCUCCAACGCUGUCGAGGGACUGCUCUUCACAUGGCUGCUGGUGCUGGUAUCCCCCCAUGUAGCACGAAGCCCCACACCCAGGAAGUCUGCUCCAGGUCCAUGGUGGCACAGCUGGCUUCUCGGGGGCAUUGUGGCUGCUGGCUUUUUCAACCGCCCUACCUUUCUGGCCUUUGCUCUGGUCCCCCUCUUCCUCUGGGGCAUUCGUGGAGCCACAAACCCUGGCUUCAAGUCCCUGACCCGGGAAGCCCUGGUGCUGCUCCCAGGAGCGGCCCUCACAGCACUAGUGUUUGUGGCCAUGGACAGCUGGUACUUCUCUAGCCCCUCUAGACCCAGUACCCUUGUCCUUACACCUGUCAACUUCUUGCACUACAACCUGGAUCCCCAAAACUUGGCACAGCACGGCACACAUGUGCGGCUCACUCACCUGGCAGUCAAUGGCUUCCUGCUCUUCGGGGUUCUGCAUGUCCAAGCUCUGCACGCUGCAUGGCAACAGCUGCAAGUCUGCUGCCAGGCCUUUGCAAGAAUGGGCCUCCUGAGGGCACUGAGUGCCCAGAGCCUGUUGUCCAGCUCCAGAUCUUCCCUUCUUCUCCUCUACUUCAUGCCCCUGGCCCUACUGUCUGCCUUUAGCCACCAGGAGGCUCGGUUCCUGAUCCCCCUUCUGGUUCCCCUUGUCCUGCUGUGUAGUUCACAGACCCAACCUGUGCCCUGGAAGGGCACCCUGGUUCUUUUCAAUGCCCUAGGUGCCCUCUUCUUUGGCUGCCUGCAUCAGGGGGGCCUGGUGCCUGGCUUAGAGUACCUGGAGCAGGUGGUUCAUGCACCUGUGCUCCCGAGCAUGCCUAUCCACUACACACUUCUCUUCACCCACACCUACAUGCCCCCCCAGCACCUUCUACACCUCCCAGGCCUGGGGUCACCUGUGGAGGUGGUGGACAUGGGUGGGACUGAGGACUGGGACCUGUGCCAAGCCCUGAACAACUUCAUUAACCAACCAACCUGUCAAGGGGCUGGCGGGCCGUGGCUCUGCCGCCUCUUUGUGGUGACCCCUGGCACCACCAGGCAUGCCGUGGAGAAAUGCAGCUUUCCCCUCAAGAAUGAGACACUCAUGUUUCCCCACUUGACCCUGGAGGAUCCACCAGCCCUGUCCUCCCUGCUGAGUGAGGCUUGGAAGGACCAUCUCAGUCUUCACAUCAUGGAGCUGGGGGAAUAAGCCUGACAAUAUGACAGAACAGCCCCUGCCCAAGAUUCAGCUAUAGAAGGUGCCACUCCACGUUCUACAUGGGUAGCUGGGCUGGGAUGCUGGGACAGAGGCUUGGUUCUCCUUCGAGAUUCCCACUGCUGCCUGUCCUGGGCACAGCUGUUGACUGUUCUACCUUCUGAGUGAGCUGGCACUCUUUUCCCUCAGACCAAAGUUCUGACCAGUCACGAUCCUGAUGCCAAAGUCCCUAAGGAAUCUUGGUGUAACCAAUGGUACCUAAUGUCUGUUCCUGCCCCAUUCCUUCCAGCCACUGUGAUAUUUUAAAUACUGUGUAAAAUAGCACCUGGUUGUGAAAAAUGACAGUCCUGAAUGACCUCUCCCAAA